AUGCCGACCACCAACUAUGUUGGACAGCAGGGCUGGAGAACUCACGCUGCUGGUCAGCAGCGACGGUGUGUUCCGACAAGCGACGAACAACGGUCGCUGUCUCGGAACGAGGUCAUUCUUUCCCCUUGCUUUAGUUCGCUCUGGUUGCCGGUGGAGGAAAAUCCGAUCAAUAAGAAGUGGUCUAGAAAAACACACCAUGCUAUUGGUAUGAACAUGUUCAACCGGAACGAUGACAGUUCUACAGUUGGAUCGCGGUCACGCUAUGGCUAUUACUAUUCGACGUCAUCGCCGUCAUCAUCGAUGGAAAACCAAAGGUACACGGAUCAGACGAGCCUGUUUGGGGAUCCGGUUCUGCCGGCUAGCCGGCAUUCGGACCUACUGGAGGGAGGCGAUCUAUACCAGAAUCUCAAGAACAACAUCGAAUUGUACCACUCGAAACUGUACAAUGAACAGGAAACGGCACGACAGGCGGAACGGGAUCAACUGUUCAACCAGUUUGCCAUUGGUGGCCAGCAACAGCAACGGAUGACCUCGUCGGCAACCAGCAGUAGCGUUAGGAAUCACUCGCUCGGCAGUACGACCACCGCGAAUCUUGUGGCGAAUGAUUCGAUACGCCGAUUCCCCCGGACCCAGUCGGCCAGCAUCGGAACGGAAUUUAGUGAGAAUAGAGCCCCACUGCUGGACAUGGAUUUGCUGAAGCAAAACGACUGGAUUAACUACUCGGAGUAUGAAUACCAAAACAGUCUGAUCCCUAAGAACAGCCAAACGGUGGCGGACGUCCAACAGUUCGCCAACAAUAACCUAAACCGAACGAUCGAGAACGGUGUCUUCCAAAAUCCACGCAUUGCAGCCCUCCGUUCGCGACGCAACUCUAUGAGCGACAAUCUGUACACGACGUCGACCACUUACAGUGGCUAUGAAUCGCUAGAUAAUGUGAAACCCUCUACUUUCACCAUUCUGGGUCAUGGAUCACAGCCUGGAUAUUACAGUAGCAGUGCCACCAGCCGUUUGAAGCCAGACCAUUCGACUUACAGCGAAAACAUGACCGAAUUUGAGCGAAUGAUGCACUACAAGAAGGUCGAUGCUACGACACCCAUAAUCAAGGACAAAAUUACCACCGGUUCCCAUUUCAGAGUAUCUGAAGCACGCCAGCACAAGAAACCCGCAUUUACCAUAAUAAACGAAACCCUGCCGAAGUCGCAUUCUUUUGACUCCUCAGCCGGUCCGUACAAUCCAAGCCUAACCAAACAACAGAUUGCCGUCAAUCGAAUCCUUUCGGCCAGCUCUCUGGGCAACAGUGGUUUCUACAAUCGCACUGGCGUACGCCAUACGGAUCCCGAGCUUGAUCCCGAUGACUUCCAGGCGUACCGGCGACGGUACAGUGCCUCGGAGAUUGCAUUGCCUUCGCCUGCUCGGCGGAAAAAGUCCACAUCUAAAAAAGGCACGAAGAAGGGGAAACGAUCCAGCAAAGCCGGUGCGGAUGUUACUCAAAUCGUUCCGAACCCCAGUCGGAAGCAGAAGGGAAUCCUGGGAGUGUUCAAUAAGUCAAACCUUUCGCAGCUACGUGCCCAAAGUGCCAAACUAACCGUUACUGCAGCGUCCGAUGAUGGCCGAUCCUCGAUAACACCGGAGAGUGAGCUAACCGACAGGGUCGAAAUUCCAGCCCAUCUGAUGCGCAACAUGAAGCUGCUAUCGUACAAACCAUUCGGAGGAAGGGCCAUGCUCUCGCCGGUACCGGACAAAAGCUCGAUGGAAAAUUCUCAAAUUGAUCUAGAAGAACAGACACCUGUUAAGAAGCAGCCGCAACAAUCAUCGCCUAAAAAAGAAAAAGCAGGUUAUCUCCGGACGCCCAUAUUCAACAUAAGAGGUUUGCUGUCGCCACGGAAAUCGAAGGAACGGGAAACCUCACCGGUUAAAACGGAAAAACCUAGCGGCGGGUUGGGAGCAAUAGCGGCUGCAGGAGCAUUAGCCGUAGUCGCAGCUGCGGCUGGAGAUGACGGCAAAAAGGAGGAACCACCAAAGCCAAAACGAAAGUUCAAUCUAGCUAGGGCCAUAAUUGAUUUCGGCAAAAAAUCAGACGACGAGGAGAAGAAGAAGGAACAGCAGCAAACGCCGAAACAUGCAUUUCAUGUGAAGAGAGACGGCAUUCGAAAGGACUCGGAAGGAAACCGCGUGAAGGAAGACAAAAAGAAGGGAAAAACGAAAGCCGGUAAAAAAGGGCCCCGCGAUGCCAACGAUGAUUACCACGAAAGUCAGAAGUCCCGAAAAGGAGUACUAAAAAAUUUAACAUCUGGUUUCGGCCAAAAAGGAGCGGCAAACAACAAGAAGGUAUCCGAAAAAGUAGCCAAGUUGGACCGGGUUGGUAGUGCCAAGCGACGGGACAAAAGCGCCCGCGUUAGCAGCAGUCGAACCGGAACACGUGCGAGCAGUGGCAAAGCGUCGGCGAAGCUUUCGGCCCGGCCUGGAGAGAAGUCUGCAACGAAAGCGGGCAGUAAAACGCCGCAAAAGACAGUAGUUAGUCCUAAGGGAAGACCGCUAAGGAGGAGCAGUUCCGCAAGUGCCUUAAAAGUAGAUAGUGUGAAAAAAAUGAACAGACUGUACGAGAAGAACGUCAAAGCUAACGAUCGCAGUGGGAAACUGCUGAAAGGAGACAAGAAGACUCGACAAUCGACGGACAAUCUGUUGAAGAAGACCGACAGUAGAGGAGAGUUGAAGCAAAAGACUGUAAACAAAUCGGCUACCGCGAAAGAAAUCCAAAAGCGUGACUCGGAGAAAUCGUUGAAGAAGAGUGAUAGUAACAAGUCUCUUGGAAAGUUGAGCAAAAAGAGCGAUUCCAAAAGUUCGCUGCUCGGUAAGCGGUCUGAUUCGAAGUCCAGUUUGCACUAUCAGUCGGAGGGUAAGGGAGCAGCGUCAAUGAUGGACGGCGGUACCCCUAAAAGUAUUGGAGGGGGUCGAGGGGAAACGGCGCAAACUCCACCGAGUACAAUGAAGGAAGCAACUCCUGCCAAAGCGAGAAUGACUCCGAAAAAAAUCCUCCAAAGUAAAGGAUCCCUGCUUAGCUUACUGAGUAUGCGAAGUGGAAGCAGCCGUAAUAUGGCGGAUGUGGAGAAAGGCGAUGGUUCCCGGAGUGGUUCUCGGCCUGGAACUGGCACAGCAAUUGGACGACUCAAAUCGGCUUCGGUUAGAAAUCUGAACGAGAAACCCGGCACCCCGAAGGGCAGUGAUCCGGAGCUCGGAUCGCGGAGUAGCAUGCGAGAUAAGCCGGGCAGCACUAAGGCAACGCGACGCGGGCUGAGCAAAAACAACAGUCUUAUCUCGAUCAAAAGCGUCAUGUUGGCUCGUUCCUUCACCAGCAUUCAUCGGCCGGCUUCCAGGGAUAACAGCGAGAUGAAAAAAUCCGAUUCGAUGUCACAGAUGACUAAAGUGCAGGAAGGUUCCCAGGAGCUUGAUGACGGUGAUGAAGCGGCUCUGGCAGCCGGUGCGAUGACAACUUCAGCUGUGACGCAUGAAAUGAAAAUCGCCGGCGAUGGGGAAGGCCAAAAGGUGUCCAACGAGUAUAGUGAGCAAGGACUAGCGGGAGCCAAUCCGAUGAAUCUAGCAAGUGCCAAUGCCGGCUCGAUGAUGGCGCAAGGCCAUCACAAUGGGGCGGAACACAGUGACGAAUUCAACGAGACUGGAAAAUCGAAAUGUUGUGCCUGCUGCGCGCCUUGUUGGACCAAGACGUGCCUUCCGUUUAAGCGUUGCUUCGGUUGUAGUUCCUGCUGCGGCAAGGGAAAGCCGGCUGGGCCAGGAAACGGGCAGCAACAGCAGCAGAAGCAGUCCAAGCCGAACAAGGCGGACCCGAAGCAGCAGAAAGCUUCCUCGUGCUGGCAGCGAUUGAACUGCUGUCGGAGUUGCCGUCGCUCGAAAACAUCGCCGGCGGAAGCGCAACCGGCGGCCACACCGAAGAAAUCCUGCUGGCAGUCGCUGAGUUGCUGCGCCGGUUGCCGGCGGAACAAAUCCCGCGAGUUGGUGCCUCGAUCUUCAAUCGACAGCGAACCGGAAGAAAAGUGCGCGCGAUGUCGAUCCUGCUGGAGGAAGCUACUGUGCUGUAGUCGUUACCGGAAGGAUCAAAACCAAAGGCAAAAAAUGCAGUCCGAGCCGGUCGAGAUGGAAACGGUCAAGUGCUGCUUCUGUUUCAAGCGAACGCGACCCAAGCUGAAACCGAAGCCGGAAAAGAAGAAAGUUAAAUCGAGCUUCAACUGCAUGAGUUGCUGCAUAAUGUGCUGUCCGAAGAAGGGUGAUAAUAAUAGUCGGAGGACCAGUAACUUCAGCAAAAAGCAGAGCAUUGCUCCAACCAUACCUCCGGAGGAUCUACGACCGAAAAUCGACAUGUCGCUGGUAGAACACUCCUCGAUGAUGCGUGGUGCGAUCCCGGUGCUGCCGAUCUGUUUGGCCUAUUUUUGUUUGAUUCUCAACGUUGUGAUACCCGGCUCGGGAACGAUCCUGUCCGGUGGGUUCUGCUUGUGCAUCGGAAAGCCGCGCUUCUCCCAGCACGAUUCCAUCAAGGGCCGCAUCGGUUCCUUUAUCAUCAACUGCAUCGUGGGAGUGUCGCAGUGUUUCACCAUCAUUUUCUGCGUGGUCGGCUGGGGAUGGGCCAUCUGGUGGGGCACUAUCAUGAUCCGACUAGCCAAACAACAUCAAAAGAUCCUGGAGAUGGAAGCAGAGCAGGACGAGGGCGAAGAGCAGACGACGCUGUCCCAGCGAACGGGUGCUUCCAAUCCACCGGUUGCCAUGGUAUCGCAGAGCAACCGACGGGACGUCGAAACAGGACGAUAG